AUUGCAUCACAGUCUGACUCAAAAACUGUUCCUGCACAAGAGAAAUCUAUUCAGACCUUCAGUAACCAGCGACACAGCAACUAGCAGCACUUAGCAGCACUUAGCAGCGAUCAGUAUUUCUCUUGUACUCCUGGACAUUACCAUCUGUAGUAGCAUGAACCACGAAAUGAUGGCCUCACUGUAUGUGGGUGAUCUGCACCCUGAGGUGACGGAAGCCUUGCUUGCGUGGACAUUCAGCCCUGCAGGCAGCAUUCACUCCAUCCGGCUCUGCAGGGACUGGAGGACCCGUUCCUCACUCGGCUACGCUUUUGUCAACUUUGAGCAGCGGGCUGAUGCUGAGCGAGCAAUGGAAAUGUUUCAUUUUGAGCUCCUUAUGGGACGGCCUAUGCGCGUCCAGUGGUCUCAGAGGGAUUCAUCCCUGAGGAACUCCACCGUUGGAAACCUGUUCAUCAAGAACCUGGACAAGUCGAUUGACACCUUGGCCCUUUUUCACACCUUCUCGGCCUUUGGGAAGGUUCUGUCUUGCAAGGUUGUAGGUGAUGAGAAGGGGUCGGAAGGGUACGGCUACGUCCAUUUUGAGUCUGCAGAGGCAGCGGAUUUUGCCAUGAACCGGCUCAACGCCAAAGUGUUGAACGGCCGUAAAGUCUUCAUUGAACGCUUUAAGUCCCGUGAGGAGCGCAAGGCUCAGACGGGCCACUGGGGCUGGAAGCCGUUGUACGUAGAUGUGGCCCAGCGGAAAGAGGAACGUCAGUCUCACCCUGCCCAUCAGAACAGGCAGAGGAUGGCGAGCAUGCAGGCUCAGAACCUGGCUGUCUCUUACACCUCCAGCCAGAAGGUCGAGCCCCGCCCGGAUCUGCUCUGGGCUGCCCAGACCAUCCAGUCACAAUAUGUCCAGAAUAUACCCGAUGUGGUUCAACCUGUACCGGUGCAUCAGCAGACCGGUGGCACCAUCACAUCAAUUAGUCAGGCACCAUGUUUGAAUGAAGAGUGUACAACCAUCAUUACACCAACACCUGAUGGUACUGUUCCAGUGACAGACACAGUGCCAGCUGUAGGAACAGUUCAAUCUGUAGAUUGUGUCCCACCUGUAGACACUCUUCUAAGUGUCCCCUUUGUAGAGACAGUUCCACCUGUAGAUAGUGUCUCAGGUCUAAAUUCAGCUGCAGAUGAGGUUCCAGCUCCACCUCAAGCCCCAGAUGCAGCUAAAAUGCCUUCUAUAUCCAUCACUGAAGUGCAGCAGGACAUGGACACAACGGAUGUAUCCACAUAUCCACCAGAUCGGAAGCGUCUGACUAUCUACAUGUUGGAGUCAUCUCGUUUAGACGACCAGAUCCAGAUGGCGCAUGAUCACCUGUUACCUCUGGUCGAGGAAAUCCACCCGACUCAGGCUAACAAGAUCACCUGGAUGCUUUUGGAGGAUGCGAACAACUUUGAGAUCAUAGACAUGAUUGCAUACCCUGAGCUCCUGCGUACCAAGGUGAAUGAAAUGGAUGCACUCCUGAAGGCGAGGGAAGCUGGAUGCAAGCCGGAAACCCUGAAGAUGUUAUUUAACAACAACAAUAAGAAGAAUAAGAACAAGAAGAGAAAGAAUAAAUACAAUACAAUACAAUAAAACAGUGCAACCAAUAUUGUACAUAUUAUGAAGUGGUCUUGGUCU